AUGGCGGCAUCGGCGCCCCAGCCCCGCACUCCGAGCCGCUGCCUGCCCACUCCUGAAUGCACGUGCAUGGUGUGUGCUCCUGGCCAGCAACCUCCUCCCCCCUCGCGCUCCUCCCCCGUCACUCCAACCCCGCUCACCGGCAGGGAGAUGGCGACCACGAGGCCGACCUGGGUGGAGAUGCUGUCCCAGAGGAAGCUGAAGCCCAGGAUCAUGAGGCCCAGCAUGGCGCCCAUGAAGGUCCCUGCCCCGGCCUCCUUGGCCAUGACGCGCAGGUAG